CUAUCGAUACACCAACAACAAAAUUCCCGUAUAAACGACAUUUACUGGCAAAAAUCGCGCAUACGCCUAGUGUUACCAGUCCCAGAAGCAACUCGACCCUCGCUCCGCGGAGCUCUCUCUCGUGGAGCCCGACGCCCACUGCUGCCGCCCACUGAAAUGACCUCGAAGCCGAGCACCACCACCCCCGCAACCGCCCCCGCCACCCCCGCGGUGGCAGCGGCCGUGGCCAGCUGCAGGCUGCAGAAGCAGCAGCGCCGUCGCCUGGCGGCCUUCGACUUCGACCACACGAUCGUCUCGCAGAACACGGACACCGUGGUGCGGGACCUGCUGCCCACGGAGGUGACCAGCCAGCGGGCCAACGAGCUGAUGGAGAACGACUGCUGGACGGAGUACAUGGCCGAGGUGUUUCGCCUGCUGCACGAGCAACAGGUGCCGGAGUCGCGGAUACGGGACACCAUCCGUGGGAUUCCCGAGGUUCCUGGUUUCGUGCGGUUGAUUAAGCACCUGGCCAAGCGCCUCCACUACGACCUGAUCAUCAUCAGUGACUCGAAUAGCGUUUUCAUUGAGGAAUGGCUGAGGGCCCAUAAUCUGGCCGACUGCUUCGUGGCCAUCUUCACCAAUCCGGCGGAAUUCGAUGCGGAGGGAAGGCUCCUGGUGCGAGCCCAUCACCAGCAAUCCGACUGCAAGCUGAGCGCCAGCAAUCUCUGCAAGGGUCGCGUCCUCGAGCACUUUGUCAUCGAGCAGGAUCUGCGGCGGAGCAUCCGCUACGACCAUGUCUUCUAUGUGGGCGAUGGCAACAAUGAUAUAUGCCCGGUGCUGAGGCAGCGAGCCUGCGAUUUUGCCUGCGCCCGCAAGGGUUUCGCCAUGGAGAAGCACCUGUUGCGCAAUCGCAGCAAGUUAAAGCUGCGCGCCCAGUUGAUUAUUUGGAAGAGCGGCUUUGAUCUGAUGGACCAGAUGCUGGCCCUGCCGCAGCUGAAGACUCCGCAACUGCUGGGGGAUGCGGAGGAUGGCGAGCCCAUGGACACGCCGGAGUUGGCCGCUCGACGAGCCUCGGCUGUGGCCCCCGGGUCAACCAAGUCGCCGAAUUAGAGAGACCUUCAGGAGUAACAGAUGGAACAGCUGGCCAUUGCACAACCGUAGUAAACUACCUACCGCGAAUUCUUCAGAACAACAGCCUAGUAUUACCCGUUUAUGAAUCUUUAGACAUUGGAUUAUAUGCAAAAACAUAGGCCCAACAUUCGUUUCCCAGCGAACUUGGUUUAAGGAUAAAUAACACUCAUUUUAUCCCAACCAAGUUGGCUUAAAUUAUUAAGUUUGACCCAGUGUUUUGCAUACAAACCGAUGUCUUCGAAUCACCUUAGGCGCUAAAUGAAUUCGUGAAGAAACAAGCACGCGAAUUCUUUAGAGCAAAAGGAAGAUUUCGUUGAAAAGUCUAGAUUUUUACGAUUUUU